AUGUCAAGCAGAGGUCGUUCGAUUUCGCCUCGCCCCCUCCACGAUGCAGACAUCGACAUGGACCGCGAAAAUGGCGAAAAAUUGCAUGCAAGAGUGGUGGUGGUCACCAAUCUCACCCGCAAUGUUGUCGAGUCCCACCUUCGCACCAUAUUCAGCUUCUACGGCGAGAUAACCAAAAUUGACCUUCCAGUUUUCGGGAAAUCCGGUCAAAACAGAGGGAAGGCAGCGCUCGAAUACGCCAACACGGCCUCCGCUCACAAUGCACAAUCGCAUAUGGAUGGCGGCCAGCUGGAUGGAGCCAUUCUCAAGGUCGAGUUAUCUGACUUGCCCGUGCGUACAAACCCCGCUCCAUCUCUCGGUCCCCAUCGCGCUCGCGCUCUCCCCCUCGACGAUUCGGACGCGGUGGACGCUUCAACGACGGCUUUCGCGGAAGGCCAUACUCGCGUAGGGGUCCCCCUCCGAGAGAUCGAGACACCUAUCGACCUCAUUCCCGGUCUCGUUCGCGCUCCCCUGUUCGAAGAGGAGAUCGUCUACCUCCGCGAAGAAGAUCACCAAGCUAUGAGCGUGGUGGAACGGGAUUCCGACGGCGUUCGCGCUCCCGGAGCUAUUCUGUGCGCUCAAGCCGUUCUCGCACGCGUUCCCUCACCCCCCGAUCGCGCUCGCGUUCGGUCUCUUACUCGUCAUAUUCACGCUACUCGCGUAGCCGGAGUCGUUCGCGCUCGAUUAGUCGUGCAAGGAGGAGCUAUAGUCGGGACGACAUUAGAGAUAGCAGGUCGAGGUCCCCGAGAGACUAAUCCUUGUCAUGUCGUGUUAUUCUUGUGUCAUACACCUCAUCGCCCUCGCGAAAAACAAUAG